GCCUAUCGGUUCCAGCACGAGCCAAACAACCCUACGUGUCAGUCUCAUGCGUCGGUGUAAAUACAGAGUUUUUUAAGUUCGCGGCGUGCCAAUCUCGCGAUAUCUUGCAGCAGCAGCAGCAACAACACCAGCUCCUGCCCCAUUCGAAUCUCGCAGAUCGCCGCGUGUCGAUCGAGAAUCCACGGGGCGCAGCGAUUGUAGCGAUAACUCCAACGCGACAGCAACAUCAGCUGGAUCUGCCGGAGGAAAAGUGCAGGGGAAAGCGGCGGCAGAGAAAGGAACGGAACGGAACGGAGCCAAAAGGCAGUGCCAGACAAAAUACAAAAUACAUAUAGUCGCUGUCGGAGAUGGCGGGUCAAAAGUUUCAGUAUGAUGAGAGCGGCGGAACGUUCUACUACUUUGUGUUAUCGUUCUUGGCGCUAAUAUUGAUACCGACCACCAUUUACUAUUGGCCACGUAAAAAGAAACAAGAUAACAGCAAACUUAAAGAGGAAUGUCAGUGCGCCGACUGCCAGAAAAAGAAGACCAUCUUGGCCAAUGCCGAGCCGUACAGAGCUCUCACGUCAUGGACCAUCAAGCUGACCAUAGUGCUGGGGUGGGCCCUACUGCUCUUCCUCACGUACCGCGUCUCGCAGUUCGACUACGAGAUGGCCAGCUUCGAUCCCUUCGAGAUCCUGAAUGUGCCGCCGACGUCGUCGCAGGCCGAGAUCAAGAAGGCCUACUACCGGCUGUCCAAGGUGCUCCAUCCCGACAAGGAGACGGGUGACGAGAAGUCCUUCAUGAUGCUGAGCAAAGCGUACCAGGCGCUGACCGACGAUGUGGCAAAGGAGAACUACGAGAAGUAUGGUAAUCCGGAUGGACCGGGUGCCAUGUCCUUUGGCAUCGCCCUGCCCUCGUGGAUUGUGGAGAAGGAGAAUAGCGUUUGGGUUUUGGGUCUGUACGGCCUGGUCUUCAUGGUGGCCAUGCCCUCGGCAGUGGGUGUUUGGUGGUACCGCUCCAUCCGCUUCAGUGGCGACAAAGUGCUGCUCGAUACCACUCAGAUGUACUUUUACUUCAUCCACAAGACACCGCACAUGCUGCUCAAGCGGGCACUUAUGGUUCUGGCAGCCAGUUUGGAGUUUGACAAGCGACACAACUCGCAGGUCCAGGAGCGGCAGUCGGACAAUGACGAGGUGCCGGCGCUGAUUAGACAGCUGCCCAAUCUGAAUGAGAAGUGCAAGGAGCAUCCGCUGUGCCGCAUGUACUCCAUCAAGGCUCGCGCCAUCCUGCAUGCCCAUCUCAGUCGCAUGCCCCUCAAUCCGGAAACUCUGGAGCGCGAUCGCCAGUUUGUGGUGAAGAAGUGCCCGUAUUUGGUGCAAGAAAUGGUCUCCUGCGUUCACCAGCUGGUCAUGAUGGCCUAUGCCCGACGUGUGCCCCGCCUGCCCAGCAUCGAAACGAUUGAGAACUGCAUGAAAAUGUCGCCGAUGAUUAUCCAAGGCCUGUGGGAGUUCAAAUCGCCACUGCUGCAGCUGCCCCAUCUCACCGAGGACCAUCUGUACUUUAUGAACAAGAAGAGGCACGUCAAGAACCUGCAGCAAUUCGCCCAGCUCAAGCCGGAGGAGAGCCGUCAGCUUCUGAAGAACCUAUCUGACUUUGAGUACGAGAACACGAUGAAAGUGCUGGGCAAGAUGCCGCUGAUUGACUUCUCCAUUCGCUGCGAGGUUAUCGACGAUGAGAACACCAAUGUGGUGACCGCCGGGGCCAUAGUUACGGUCACGGUUACGCUGGAGCGCAAGGACAUGAAGACGCUAUUCGGUGACACAAAGGCGCCUGAGAAGCAGGGCAUCAAGGAUGAGACCAAUGAGGAGGCUGCCGGUGAUGAGGAUGAGGCUGCUGCCGCUGCGCCGGUCAAGAAGGCUUCUGCCUGGGCCAAGCCACGUAAGGGUGGCAAGGGAAAGGGUGGUAAGAAACCAGCCCAGAACCAAAAGAACCAGAAGAAGGUGCCGGCCAAGGCUGCGACAACAGCUACGAUCACGGCAUCCGAGGAUCAAGCGGCGGCGGGUAACUCCGAUGCCGAAUCGGAGGCUGGAAAUGCGGAUGGCAGCGAUGUGGAAUCGGCUGCCGGCAGUGGCAGCGAGGAUGAGGAGAAGGGCAAGAACAACUCCUCGCUGGACGACGACGAUGACGAGGAGUGGGAGCGACUGCAAGCUAAGCUUAACAAGAGGGAGCGUCUCGAGGGCAAGUCUCGGCUGUCGCACACCGUCCACUGCCCCUACUUCCCCGAGGAGAAGCAGGAGUACUGGUGGACCUACAUAUGCGAUCGCAAGUCGCGCACCCUGCUCACAGCGCCCUAUCAUGUGACCAAUCUGGUCGAGAAGGAGGAGAUCCAGCUGAAGUUUACCGCGCCGCGCUGGCCGGGCGUCUACACGUUCACCGUUUGCCUGAGAUCGGACUCGUAUUUGGGUAUGGAUCAGCAGCAGGAGCUGAAGUUGGAUGUACAGAAGGCUCCCGCACCACCGACGGAUCAUCCUCAGUGGGAUCUGAGCGAAUCGGAACCGGAGCACACCGAUCAGCAGGAGAACCUGAGCGACUAUACAACAGAUACGUCCGAUGAGGAGGACGGCGAAUAAAUCCACUGUCUACAUGGACAGUGCGACGGACGGACGGACGGAUGGAUAGACGUCCUGAACCCCAAUCAACCUCAACCUCCUCUCUAAUUCACUGGGACGGAAGAGAAGCCUCUUUGUUUUCCUUUUAGUAAAUGAGUUUCGCGUGGCGCGUGGCGGAGGCACACCAAUGCGAACCCUUCCUUCGCAUUUUUACUAGUUUUGUAAUGGAAAAGACCCCGAACUAGUGCGUAAAUAACUAUAACUUCAUUUUACCGUGUACUGUACUAAACAUAAUUAUAAUGUACUGUAUAUUUAAUUAUUUGGAUACAAGAACUAAAAGUGAGACACGUAAAUAC